AUGUGGAUGUGGAAACGACUGGCGCCUGGGCUGUUGCUUCUCGGCCUUGCUGAGGCGGUGAUACGUCCGGGGCCAUUUUUCGGAUAUCAAGAUCGAGCUGAUGCCGAGGUUGGUAGAGGAUUGGAAAAUGAUCGUUUUGAAGUCUUGGCAACGCGGGCAGCGGGUGUGUUGGCUGAAACUGUUAAGGUGAUUGGCUCUUCCCCUCAGAUUCUCUUCAUCGUCCACUCGAAAUUUUACCAGCCCGGGAAUCCGGUUUUCAUAUAUGAUGCUGGAGAGGGAAAUGCGGAACCCAGUGUUCAGGAUAGACUCGUCGACGGCGCUUCGUUCUUUCGGCAAAUUGUCCAGGAGUUUAAUGGGAUUGGAAUUGUUUGGGAGCAUCGGUACUACGGAGCCUCAUCACAUGUUAACAUCUCUCUGGCCACGCCUGUGGAGGAGUUCCGGUGGCUGAACACCGCCCAAGCCCUUGCGGAUAUCCCGGCAUUUGCCAACAACUUCACUCUUCGCAGCUUUUCCAACAUAGACUUGACACCUGCCUCUACACCAUGGGUAUUCAUCGGUGGCAGCUAUCCUGGUAGCCGCGCAGCGUUUGCUCGGCAUAAGUAUCCUGAGACAAUAUUCGCCUCGUUUUCCUCAUCCGCUCCGGUCCAGGCGCAGAUAGAUAUGUCGGCAUAUUUUGAACAGGUAUAUCGUGGGCUCAGAGGGCUCGGGUUCAAAAAUUGCACCAACGAUAUUGUGGCAGCGAUUAAAUAUAUUGAUGACCAGCUCUCUAGAGCGGACACCUCGGCGGCCAUAAAGAAGCAAUAUUUGGGGAGGGGCGCGGAAAACAACUCUAAUGAAGGCUUCGCAGAUGCCCUGACAUAUAUAUAUUACUCUUGGCAGAGCAAUUUGACUGAAGGCAAUCCAGCGAAUAUGAGGUCGUUCUGCGAUUGGGUUUCUACGAAUCCCGAGACUGGAGAAGUCUCCGGGGAAGAAGGGUGGGCAAAGAGCAAAGGGGCCAAAUUUGCUUCUGAUCGCUGGGCUUCAUGGGAACCGUUCGGGACUGUUGUUAAUCGCUUCGCACCGACCAGUUGUGCAGGGUAUUAUGGAAACAGUACGGUAGGGCCACCGAAAUGCCGACUUGACGAUCCAUUUCCGGACCCGGCAGCCGUGUCUUGGACAUAUCAGUAUUGUAGUGAAUGGGGGUACUUCCAAUCGUCAAAUCGUGGACUAAAUCCAAUUGUAUCAUCCUAUAAUAGCCCCAAGCACCAACAAGACAUUUGUUUCCGGCAAUUCCCACAAGGGCUUUCUAGCGGCGUGCUACCUCAGCACCCAGAUAUAGAUAAAAUUAAUCGGGAAUAUGGUGGUUGGGACCUUCGACCUUCGAAUGUAUUUUUCUCAGGAGGUGAAUACGACCCGUGGCGGCCCGUAUCGCUGUUAUCUGAGGAGUCUUGGGCACCCAAAGGUGUUAAAUUGACACAGGAUAUUCCAGAGGAGGGGGUCUCAACACCUAGGAGUGAGGUAUUUGGAUACCUUCUCAAGGGUGCGUCCCACUGCUUCGACCUCAGAACUUCGUGGCCGGAUGGUGCGAAUUCGAGAAAGAUUUUUACAACAGCCCUGAGGAAAUGGUUGGGGAACUUCAAGAAGAGGACGAACUGAUUCGGGGGUUGCAUUCGGGGGUGCGAUAUAACAAGGGUUAGAUUAAUGUACGGCGCUAGUGCUGUUGCUCCGGGGCCGCAAUAAUAUUAUAAUAGCUACCGAUAUUCGAGUAGAUAUCCAGUCUUGUCAAAAAUGUCAGUCCCAG